GAGCAUAUAUAUAUAUAUAUAUAUCCUGAGUGGCCGAAGGGAAGAGGGUUAACUAUUUAUGCAGAGAACCCUCCUAAUCCCAGAGCUCUCUAUAAAGCUGUGAGCUACUUCAAAGGAUAAGGGUCUAAGCAUAUUGCAGUAAUGAAGCGAUUCAGCAGCUCAGAUUCCUUGGGUGCUUUGAUCUCCAUUUGUCCACCUAAAGAGGAGAAAGACGAACCGAACACACACGGUUAUAGUGAAGAAUUCCAGGCAAUGCUACAGAGGUUUAACCAAGAAGACUUGGGGUACGACACCCACCACCUGGUCUUGGAGAAGAAACGGCGGCUGAGCUUGGGUCAGGUGAAGGCAUUGGAGAGGAGCUUUGAGCUGGAAAACAAGCUAGAGCCAGAGCGCAAGGUGAAAUUAGCCGAAGAAUUGGGCUUGCAACCACGACAGGUAGCUGUAUGGUUCCAAAACCGGCGAGCCCGUUGGAAGACUAAGCAAUUGGAGAGAGACUACGGCCUUCUUAAAGCCAGUUAUGAUGCUCUGAAGCUUGACUCUGACAAUCUUGGACAAGAAAACGAAGCUCUAACCUCAAAGCUGAGAGAGUUGAAAGCGAAGCUCUGCAGUGAAAGUUCAGACAGCAACCACUCUGUUAAAACAGAGUCUCUGAUCUCGGAGUUUGACAACAACGUUCCUGAGCGAAGUAAAACCCGUGAUUUAUAUGUUCAGAAGGAAGGGUAUGAGAAUUCUAAAGAUGGGUCAUCGGAUAGCGAUUCAAAUGGAACCAUGAAGGAAGAAAUUAGCCAAAUUAAUAUUUCUCUCUGCUUCAACGGCUCGUCUUCGUCUUCAACUUCACUGGUGAACAGCGUUCAGUUCCCUGAUUCCAGAACGGUUCCGUGUAAACCAUACCAAUCUCAGCUUGUGAGGAUUGAGGACCAGAGCUUGUUUAGCACAGAGGACGGCUGUAAUUUCUUUUCAGUUGAUCAAGCUCCUAAUCUCCACUGGUACUUCCCUGAGCAGUGAAGCCAUUUCAGAAAAGACUAUGGACAUGCAGACUGCAGUUCCACGUUUGCAGAAUGCCUGUAGUUUUUAUUUUUAUUUUUUAAUUUCUAGUGUAGUUAAAUCCCUACUACGUCCGUACUGCUUAACAUAAGCCAACCUCGUUAAGUUGAUAUCUAUCAAUGAGAGCAGAUUUUGUUCCAUUGCUGUGGCAAUGUACUAUAAUAUGACUUUAGGAAUCUCUCUUGGGAAUUCCAAAAGCAAGAGCUGAUAAUUGUCACAGCCGAAGUGCUAUGCGUUGUUAAAAGCAAAUUUCCGGGCAGCUCUGCGCUCAACAAAGACAAGGCCAAAAGGUCGGGCAAGAAUUCGUCUCCUUGUGUGGGGUUUGGUUUGGUUUUUUCGUGUUUUUGUAUCGGAUUUUGAUUUUGUCGAGACAUGAGAAUAAAGUUAUGUAAGUUAAUUUUAAAUCGA